AAAUUAAAACGUGUUAUUAUGCCGCUCAUUGGGCUCAGCCUCCAUAUUCCACAGCCCCUCCUUGUUUUGCUGUUGACUGCGAUGUUGUGUUUACGUGCAAAACAGCCUGUUAUCGGCGAGCCUUACAUGGUUUGACGUUGACUUGACAUCCGAUGAUGGAAUAUGUUCUAAAACCUUGGAAUGGCGGCGUUUAUUGACUGUAAACACACGAACUGGGCCUGACAGCGAUGCUAUAGGACCCAUAGCGAUGAUAACAACAUUGUCGUGUGUAAACAAUCCGUGCUACAUUCGCCGGUGUGCAAAAUGUUGGAGGAAAUUGAAUUUGUUUUUUUCUUGAUCAUGCAAGUGCAAAAUUACAUAACCGACUGGAUAGUCCUCAUCGGACACCGUGGCCUCCAGUCAUAGCAACAAGCAUUUGAACAUUAAUUUCCGGUUGCACUGUUGAUUAUCUCAUAAUAAUUCUCAGGGGGAAACAGUUAAAAAUAUUUUCUACAAAUUAUUUCACGUUCACGUACAAUUGUGAUGGCAUUUCUUUGAAGUGGCAUCAAACGGUGUUAACAAAUUAUGUUGCGUUUGCCAGAUUAGAGUUUGUUGUGUCGCUAUAAUGUAACUGUACUCAUAAUUAACCUAAACAAAGUAUGUACAGUCCUUGAAUAACAUCGUAGGCCCACUUUUCAAACACGCGUUGGUUGAUCAAGUACGUUAACACUAACGUUACUACAAACUUGUAGUUGAGCCACUUGUUUAUCGCGGCGAUCUUUUGUUUCCAUGUCGGAAAACAAACGUUUGUUGGUACGUAGCACCCAUUGCUGUCUGGACGUCUGCUGUCUGUGUUUGUCGCGCUCCGAUUGGCUAAUCGAACACAGGGGGCGUGGCUUCGCAAUAACAAUGCAGUGUUGGGAGCGUGCACGCGGCAACCGGGAUUUUCUUUCUUCGAUUACAAAAUAAUAACUUGUAUUUCUUUUAAUAUCAUUAAAGCUACUCGGAAUACGCUACGACUAACAGGUGGAUUUAUUUGAUUGUUUACGGUUGCUGGGGAGACGUAGCCCCUCCGCUGCAAAAGGAAAGCGUCUGUUAGCAGUUUAGCAAGCAGGAGCGUCCGCGAGCAGAUCGGGUGCUAUAUAUUGGCAAAGGAAAUGAUUGUGGACUGAAUUCGUAAGACGAUAUCAUAUCGAGUGACAUACGUCGUUUGGCGGCUGUCAUACACAAGGAUAAGUGGAUGGGAGACGGUAUUUUGCAAGCUGGAACACCUGCCAUCUCUUCUCACGGAGCGCCCAAACUAGCCACGAAAGGUUAAGACAAUCGGAGGCAACAUCCAAGUGCCUCCCCCACUGUGUAGUUUCCUUUCCCGGAGAGUGACUCGUCUGCACGACGUCACCAAUGCGACCAUGGGAAGUAGCAGUAAAUAGGCUGCCCCCAACAGCCCCCUUGAACCCGAGGAGGUUCCUUGGAGAGCCCUGUAACGCCCCUGUGCAUCUCAGGAGAAGUCCACCAGUGAGACGCCAGUGGGGGCUACGAGACAGACCUGUCCUGCACACUUCCCUGGUCCAGGAUGAAAACCGCCAUCUGCUUUUCUCCCAACAUCACCGACCGGUUCCUUUAGAUGAAUCCAGACAAUAUAGCCACACCAGCACAGCGCCACGCAUGCUUCACCCUGCGGCCCACCUACCCCAGCAGAGCCCCAUCAUGGUGGAUCUACAUGAGCAGAUGCCUCAGGGAUCUGUUCCAAUAUCAUACACUGUUACGACGGUGACGACCCACGGAUUUCCCAUCCAUACCGGGCAGCCUUUACCGGGGUGCAACACUCAGCAGCUCCCAGCAUGCUCGGUAAUGUUCAGCGGACAGCUCUCUCUGCUCUGCUGCCUUCCUCCUCCUCUCAUACAGGCAUGUACCAUGCAGCAUCUGCCGGUGUCUUACCAAGCCUUCCCACCCCUGAUCUCCAGCGAACAUUUUGUAUUGCACCCAAGCCCACCUGUACCCCCGCACCAGCCGCCGCCGCACCUUGCUCCUCUGAGCCAGUUUGUCCCUUUACAGCCUCAGCACCCACGCAUGCCUCUACAGAGGGUAGAGAAUGAAGUUGACCUAAGAGGGGACCAGCACCCAUUGGGAACCUUCACCUACCCUCCCUCACACCACCCACCAGCGCUGCCUCCUUCUCUGCCCAUACAGUAUCUUCCUCAAGAGCCUCUGCAUCAGGAGCUUCCCUUCGGAGUGCCAUACCCCCACAUGCUGCCCCGGCGAGCAAGUGGACAGAGAUACAGGCUGCAGCAGCCUCUCCCUCCUCCCCCGCCGCCUCCAUCCUACUACCCAGGCUUCCUCCCUUACUUCCUCUCAAUGCUUCCUGUGCCUCCAACCGCAGUGGGCCCAGCCAUCAGUCUCGACCUUGAUGUGGAUGAUGUGGAAAUGGAGAACUAUGAGGCUUUACUGAAUCUGGCCGAGAGGCUGGGUGAAGCGAAGCCACGAGGACUCACCAAGGCCGACAUUGAGCAACUUCCCUCCUACAGGUUCAGCUCAGAGAAUCAUCUAUCGGAGCAAACGCUGUGUGUUGUGUGCUUUAGUGACUUUGAGUGUAGGCAGCUACUUCGGGUAUUACCCUGCAACCAUGAAUUCCACGCCAAAUGUGUGGACAAAUGGUUAAAGACCAAUCGCACUUGUCCCAUCUGCCGGGCCGACGCGUCGGACGUGCACCGAGAGGCGGAGUGAGAGGCGAAGUGAGAGGCGGAGUGGGAAAAGCUUCGCCCGUGCCAGAGUUAGUCCUAAAGCUGUGGACACCCGCCACUAACUAACCACCGCUAACAACCCACUUCCUAAAUAAUAAGCAAUCCGCGAUGGUUCCCGGAGGCCCCGGUACCUCUGCUGUGCUUCAUUUGUCCCGAGUCUUGUGAAGAAAAAGAGAAAAAAAAAGUCCCGCUGCAGCCAGAAGGCAGAGCACUGGGAUCACCAGCUGGUUGUUUAUCUGGCCUCCCCACUUCCUUGUUGCAGAUUCCAAAGAGUUUCUCCCUCCGUGCGCAUUAUUUGCUGCUUUUGUUUACAGGGUUGCAUUAGUUGAAUUUAGUGGUGAAGAAUGAUGGGAGGCGGGACGCGGUUCAAGACAAACAGGAUGCGUGGAGAAGCACCGUAGAUGCAUGUUAGUGCCGGCGAAACCGACUGCUUCAUAUGUAUGUCCUGCAAUACUCGAUCGAUCCUUUAGCCCUCUUUUGUUAAGCCUAAGCUUUUAGACUGCAAGUGAUGCGCGUCUGUCUGCCACACGCUCCUUUCUGGAAAUUAUGUAUCCAAAAAGAUGUCCCGGGUUCACGGACCGGAUCACUUCGAAGUCAUCGAGCGUAACUGCACAAGUGCUACGGCUAUCUACGUGCGUGCGUGUAUGUGCGUUUGUCCUGUUCACAGAGCCAAUGUAUUGUGUAACCACUGGAUACAGGGCGGCAUGCUGGGAUUUGCAUGAACUGUUGAUUCUGAGUAGCAAUAUUUAAACCAAGCAUUACCACCAAAAUGAACCAACUUGAGGGGGGGGGGAAACAGAAGAGGCAUACGAAAAGAGCAGCUUGCUUAUGUGGGAAAACGAGCAUUGAAACGGAUGCAAGUUGUCCUAUCCGGGCAGCAAUCUGUUGCAAAGGGGCGGCUUUUGAAUGGACUUUUUACUCUUCCUGUUUGAGGAAGACGUGGCCAUCGAUGUUUGUUUGUUUGUUUGUUUGUUUGUUUGUUUGUUUGUGAGCCAAAUCUAAUAUAUAGAUAUCGCCUACUUUUCCAGAUGUUAGACCUGCCUUCUUAUAUGACCUUGACAAGCACAAACCUAUUACUAAUCCUGGCAAAUACUGUGUCAUUUUCACCAUUUAUUAAAAGGUUUUAUUUAUUACUUUGUAAUCUCUUUGAGAAAAUGAGUUGAAGAAGAACGUGUUGGGAGCACUAACAAUGUUUUGUGUUUAUCUUCUGGUAACGUGGUCAUCGGCUUAAUGGUGGUUUUGGAGGGGGGGGGAGAAAUGUGUACGUAGAACUUGCGCGUGAAUGCUUUUAGAUUUGAAGACAGAAGAAUGUCGUAGAAGUCACUGGUGUUCAGUCGUGCGGAAACGCUGUUGGACUUCUACUUUCCCGCUUGUUUUGCGACGUUUUGAGGGAAAAAAAACAGCAAGCACUAACAGGCAGUUGUAAGCGUUGCUUUUGCGUGUAAAGGGAUCUUGCCUUUUUCUUUACUUCAGUGUCUUAAGUGAACGUGAGUCUUUAACGUGUGUGCCAUCUUCAAAAGAAAAGAGAAAAAAAAGAAGCCAUUUAAUGAGUUCUACCCACAGCUUUGAGAAGUAAUCUACGUGUACAUACAUAUCUAUUCGCAGGCUAUAUUGUACGUUUAAAAAAAAAAAAAACUCAGGGCCACUCGGUAUAUGAGGAUACAGGACAAGAGUCUGUCAAAUGGGAAGGAUGCCAUGAAAAGGAGCUGAAUUUGUGUUGGUCAUUUUCCUCUGACCACAAAUAAUUUCUUGUAAGCAAUUAUUAUAUGCUCUUAUGUCUGAAAUAGUACACAGUUUAAAGACCAGGCAUGUUUUCAAAAGGAAAUAAAACCAACAAAAAAAAGAAAAA